AUGCUCAAACGUUUGCUGAAGAUGACCUUAGAAGAGAGACGCAAGGAAUACAUAAGGGACUAUGUUUCUCUAAGCACCAUUCUAUCGUGGAAGGAAGAGAUGAAGAACAAAGGCCAAAAUGAUGAAGAAAAUACUCAGGAAGCACCACAGAUGAAGAAAAGCUUGAGUGAAAAGGUUUCUCUCUACAGAGGUGACAUCACUCUGCUAGAGGUGGAUGCAAUUGUCAAUGCGGCAAAUGCCAGUCUUCUCGGAGGAGGUGGUGUGGAUGGCUGUAUUCACAGAGCUGCUGGCCCCUGUUUGUUAGCUGAGUGUCGGAACCUGAACGGCUGUGAGACUGGACAUGCAAAAAUCACAUGUGGCUACGACCUCCCUGCAAAGUAUGUCAUCCAUACUGUAGGGCCAAUAGCCAGAGGCCACAUUAAUGGUUCCCACAAGGAAGACCUUGCAAAUUGCUAUCAAUCAUCCUUGAAGCUGGUGAAAGAAAAUAACCUCCGAUCAGUUGCAUUUCCCUGCAUUUCAACAGGCAUUUAUGGUUUUCCAAAUGAGCCUGCAGCAGUCAUUGCCCUAGGAACGAUUAAGGAAUGGCUGGCCAAGAAUCACCAGGAGGUGGAUCGAAUCAUCUUCUGUGUCUUCCUAGAAGUUGAUUUCAAAAUCUACAAAAAGAAAAUGAGCGAGUUUUUCCCUGUUGAUGAUAACAAUGAAGAAACAGCAGAUGCUGAUAUGAAAGAAGAUGCAGAAGGGCCAGAGCCUAAAGGCCUUUCUCCACCCCAUAAGAAGAGCAAAGCAAAGAAACCAGAAAGUUCAAAAGACUCCAGUGAAGAUGAAAGUGGUCCAGAGGAAAAGCAAACUGCGGAAGAAAUGGAGGGGCAGAGCCAAGAAGCAGGUGGGCUCAGGUUUCUUUUGAGGAGUCUCCUAGGCCUCAUCCACAGAGAUGGUGUCAACACCACCCCUGUGCCCAGCCCUGCUUCUGAAGACAAAGCUGAAGUCCAUAAAGAUGAAGAUUCUGCAAAAGAUGACAAUGCUAUAAAAGACAGUGACGUGACCAAUCAUUCUGUGUGUGACCAAGAACUUCCCAAUGGACAAGAGAAUGACUCAGUGAAGAGUGAGGGAAAAACUGAGACAGAAUCCCCAAGCUCCUCUAUGGAAACAGAAGUCUUAUGUGGCAAACUGCUCAUGCUUACACCCUUAACAGCUCAAGGCGAGGAUGCACCUGCUGUGUUCGCAGAAAGCCAAGGUUCCAGUGAGGCAGAAAACACUUCAGGUCCUGAUGUUGACAUGAACAGUCAGGUGGAUGAUGUAAAUGAGCCAACAGAGAGUCUGCAAGAAGAUCUCCAAUAGGGCCACAAGAUGAAGCAAAGGAACAAAGAACUGAAGCUAAAUGACAACCCUCAGCAUGGCAAGGCCUGGC